UCCGUCAAAAUGGCCGUCAUGGAAGGUCCACUAAGCAAGUGGACUAAUGUAGUCAAAGGAUGGCAGUAUCGCUGGUUCGUUUUAGAUGACACCGCCGGCUUACUUUCGUAUUACACAUCAAAAGAUAAAAUGAAAAGAGGCUCAAGAAGAGGUUGUGUAAGACUGAAGGGUGCAAUAAUAGGAAUAGAUGAUGAAGAUGACAGUACCUUCACAAUAACUGUAGACCACAAGACUUUCCAUUUUCAAGCUCGGGAUGCAGAGGAGAGGGAACAAUGGAUAGACGCUCUGGAGAUCACCAUAGUUCAGCACAGCAAACAUUCACAUCAGCUGGGUGGUCAGUCCGGUAUUGUCCCAAGCGCGGUGGACUUUGACAGAAAGCUGGCGGAGACCGACGCCUAUCUGCAGCUGUUGAUCAACCAAGCGGCGGGUCUGGAGGCGCGAAUAGAGGCGUGUGAGGACGUUGGGGCCAGGGAGAAGUACAACGUCAUCAAGGUGACCGCAGAGGCCAUGAUUGAGGCCAUCAAGCAUUCCAUCGUAAUGCUGCAAAUAUCAAAGGAGACGCUGAAAGAACCCUUGUUGAAUGGCACAAUGCACACAUCGCAUGAACCACUGGGACCUUCCCUCACGCUGGGGGCUGACUUUGACUACUUCAGCAACUCUCCCAAAAAUAAAGGUGACAAAUUUCUAGGCAAGGGAGAUGACCCAUCUGUAGGGGCUUCUUAUGGAAUGAAUGGAGCAUCUGGUGGUUUACCUUCCUUGGGUCAGACACAAUGUGACUCAGACGCAGAACUAGCUGAGGAGGCGACGACAGUUCCUGCCACGUCAUACUCGAGCAGCGAAGACGAGGACUUCUAUGAUGCAGAGGAAGAACAUCAGCGAGGGGCCAAGUUCAGCCCUGUGAAGAAAAGUCGGGCCUUUAAAUCUGAUGACUAUGAGCGUGAUGAUGAGAACCCAAGGGAUGAGCCCCACAACGAGGCCUUGCAGGGGGUGGGGCCACAUGAAGAUGCAACACCCUCUUACGCAACUGGGGUGACAUCUGUACAAAAGGAUGACUUUUAUGAUCCUCUCUACGAUGCUACUGAGGAGGAGGAAUUGGGCUCCCUGGAGAAACAUGGCAGUGUGAUCACCCACCUGCUGUCCCAGGUGCGUAUCGGCAUGGACCUCACCAAGGUGGUGCUGCCUACGUUUAUCCUGGAGAAGAAAUCCCUACUGGAGAUGUACGCCGACUACUUCGCUCACGCGGAUCUCUUCUUGAAAAUAGCAGAUCUUCCCACCCCAAAGGAACGCCUUGUCCAGCUCUGUAGGUGGUAUCUGUCAGCCUACCACGCCAUUCGCAACUCAGACAUCGCCAAGAAACCUUACAAUCCCAUCCUUGGGGAGAGCUUCAAGUGUUACUGGAAUGUGCCCGGAUUUGAACGCUUACAGGACCAGGUGGAAGAUGGCCCAGUGCCCUGGGCGUCCAGCAAUCAGCUCAGCUUCAUUGCAGAGCAGGUCUCUCACCACCCACCCAUCUCGGCAUUUUAUGCAGAGCACGUCGGCAAGCGUAUAGCCCUGGAUGGCUACAUCUGGACCAAGUCCAAGUUUCUAGGCCUCUCUAUAGGAGUUCACAUGAUCGGGAAGGCUGUCGUGUCACUGCUGGAUCUGGAUGAGGAAUACGUGAUCACCUUCCCCAACGGAUAUGGACGAUCUAUACUAACUGUGCCAUGGGUUGAACUCGGUGGAAACGUGACAGUAUCCUGCCCUAAAACAGGCUACAACGCCACUAUAGACUUUCUCACUAAGCCCUUCUACGGUGGCAAGAAGCAUCGAGUUACUGGCAGCAUGUUUGCUCCCAAUGAUAAGAAGCCUUUUUGUACCUUGGAGGGCGAAUGGAAUACAACUAUAUGGGCCAAACAUAGCACAGGGAUGAAUGAAGCAUUCAUUGACACAAAGAAAAUGCCAAUCAUUCGAAAGCAAGUGAGACCUAGGGAAACACAGGGCCCUUUUGAGUCAAGAAAAUUAUGGGAGAAUGUGACACAUAAUCUCAAGAUUGAUAACGUGGAGAAGGCCACAGAACACAAGCAGGCAUUAGAGCACAGGCAACGGGAGGAGGCCAAAGAAAGGAAAGAAAAGGGACUCAAAGUUGAGACCAAGCACUUCCACGAGGAAGGUGAACACUGGGUGUACGAUAGACCUCUCAUUAAACGUCUCAAAGUCACAAACUCUGGCACCUCCGUUAGCUGAGAUGCACUGCCUCAUAGCUGUGAUACACCUACCUGCGUCUGUGUUCAUGAACUUGUAUUCAUAAUUGUUCACUUGGGAAAGAUAUUUCAUUGUUUUAAACUACUGCAAUCGGCACUUGUUGUUUAACAUCAUACAAAAUACAAAAGUUCUUCCUAUUUUUGCCAAAAGUAACUUUUUAAUUAUCAAGCUAUUGUUAAAGAAUUUGCCUAUUAGUUUAAACCUAUUUAUGUCAGUUAGCUUGCAUCAACAGCCUGAGGCUUAUUGAAAUGCUCUCCUAUCAGUUUUGACCUGUUAAUUCAUGCUCGUCAAAGAUGGGCUUAUAUUUCAGUUGCAAAUAUAAAUUGUUAUGUCUCAGUGAUCAUGAGCUGUAGGAAGCAAAGGAAGUUGUAUAGUUAGUUCAUAUUAUGCAUUUGUGCAGGUACAAUAGUGUUUAAUCUAGAAGGGCAGAGGUGCAUGGCGCAUGACUUAAAAAAGGCAUUUGGCACGGCGAUUCUCUUACAAAGGGCACAUUGGGUGUUUCCAACUUGUUGAAACUUUUAAUCACAGCUCAAAACUUGGAUUUAUACAUUUUAAAUGUCAUUUUUGUGAAAAAUUCACGCGAACUGUAUUCUUAAAAUACACAUCUAUUGUGUUGACAUGUGCAUUUAUUAUUAUAUUUUUUGGAAAACAUUCAAAUUGAAUGCAUAACACGAAAAUGUAACUGAUCAUGGCAGCUCUAAACUUAAACUUUCCAGAUGUUUAUGACUAGUGUGCAUCAGAUUUGCACAAUGACGUCACAUUCAUAUUGAAUGCUCUCGUCUUUUUCAGAUGAAAAGGUUAAAUGAACCAGGGACGUAUACAAACACACGUGUUUGUAUACGUCCCUGAAUGAACUAAAUAACAUGUGUUUCGUAAUGCCUUUAAUAAAUGCCACUUUUUAACUAUAAAUCAUGUCUGUAUUCAUAAAUUAAUGAUACAUUGAACAAAGAAAGUUUGAAACAGCCUGAAAUAUCCACGUGUUCCUCAUGACGAUGAGAGUCAAACGAACGGCGGUACAUGUUUGAAUAACAAUACGUAACGUCAUUGAUUUAGGUAAAUUUUAUUUGUACCUCAUGUAAGUGAGCGAAAAAAACAUAAGCGAGAACUGAAUAACAACUAUUGCUGGUUUAUUUUAGAUAAAUAGUCAUGCGCCAGAAGUUUGGGUCGUCGUUGUUUGUCAUUUAGAAACCUGACUAUCAUUAAUUCGUCGACACAAAACCCACGCCGUUUUCUUAAGAACACACUCCUUUUUCUGAUUGGCUUCCAUUGAAAAUGCCGCUUUGGUAAUCAAAAUGACGUAUGCAUCACAAAAAUGCCUGGCGGAGAUAAAAUGUCGUAUUUGGAGCUUAUACCAACUCGCGCAAUUAACUGCUAUGGGAUGAUAAUUGAUUUUUACAGCUUUUUUGGGGUAAUAGGCCCUCUUUUAUUGCAUCAUACGCAGUCAUGCAUUAAUAUGCACGUCUUGGGGACACCGAGAUAACACGCAAUUGCAAAAGCAGAUAAGACUUGAUACAUAUUGAUCUAGAUAAAAGGGCACAUGGCGCUAAUUGACUUUGAAAGGGGCAGUGUGGCGCUCCGAACAAAGAGGCAUGGCGGGGCGCCACUCUGAUUUGGCCUGGAUAAAACACUAUACAAAGAGAUAAUUUAACUCUUUUGCCCUAUAUGCCUUGAAGCUUCUGUGAAGGAGUUAAAUGUGAGAAUAAUAACCUGUAUAUAAUUACUGAAUGGACAACUGUAAUACGAGAUUUUACAGACUCGGGUGUGUUUUUUAAUGAUUAAAAGGAAUUUAUUCAAGGUCUAAAAACUUGUAAAUGCUGUUGGCUUUCAUGCAAAACGAUCAUAACUAUGAAUGCAAUAAAAUACUCUUAAAUUUUAUGCUUACAACACUUAGAGUUUACAGUGUUUGAUUGAUUAUUUUUUAAGUAAAAAAAAUACCACUGCCUCAUUAUUGAUGGUUAGCUGUGGGGACUAUUUCAACAAAUGCAAAUAACAAAAAUAUUGUAUUGUCUUUUUGCAACACUGCUCUAGACGAAAACAACAUUUAUCAUACCCCCACAAACAAAGUUUAGGGGGGUAUAUAUGAGUGGGCUUGUCGGUCGGUCUGUCAGUUGGUCUGUCGGUCCGUAUUUAGUGUCUGCUCUCUAAUUUAAGUUGUUUUCAUCAGAUCUUAACCAAACUUGGUCAGAUGUUGUAUCAAGAUGAUGUCAAUGUCAAGUUCGAAUAUGGGUACAUGCCGGAUUAAAAACUAGGUCACAGGGUCACUUAGUGCUUUUUAAACAUUGAGCAUGGUGUCCACUCUCUAAUUCAAGUAGUUUAUAUCUGAGCUUCACCAAACUUGGUCAGAAGUUGUAUCUAGAUGAUGUCUAGGCCAAGUUUGAACAUGGGUCAUUGCAAGUCAAAAACUAGGUCACGGGGUCACUUAGUGCGUUUUAAAUAUUGAUCAUGGUGUCCGCUGUUUUUUGUGAAGACAACAUGCAAAAUAUUCUGUGUCUGACUGUUAAUGCAGCAUCUAUGGCAAAGCUCUAGUUUUUUUGCAUUUGUUGUCCUGUGUUAAAUACUUUAAGACUAGGCUUGGAUAGCAGCAACGUUCACCGUUUAGUGUUACAAUUAAUAGCCUCAAAUAGGCAGUGCAAGUUCUUGAUUACUUAUCAAACGUUUUAUUGUUUGCAAUGUCUGGAAUGCUUGUAGGUGCUUUAUAUAAUAUAAUUGUUACAUUUUGGUUAGUGUUUGUGUUUGAUUGUUCAUGUUGAAAAGCAAUAGAUAUUACUGAGUGAAAUCUCAUAUUUGUCUGUACCCGUGUUUCAAGUUUGUUGAACGUGAAUUAUAUGUGAAAUUUUGCAAGCAUAAAAGUAACAUGGGCAUUUUCAAUAUCAUAAACAAUUCAAAAACUCAAGGUCAUUGAAACCUUACCUAAGGAACACACUAUUGCCAGAACACAAUGCAGAUGUUAUCCUAUACACCUCUGCAACUCUCAAUCGAUGUUUGCUUUGUACAACCAUUCACUUUUGUCUGAUUCAUCAUAGUAUUUAUAUGAUUUGUUGGUAGUAAUAUCAUGGAAACAAAUAAUCAAAUUUACAUUAAUUUGGUCUAAAACUACCAUGUGAUUGAGAUGAAAAAUACAAUUAAACCAUGCAGAAGCUUUCACUUAUGCAGGAAGUCCAAAUUCUUGGUUUACAAAAAUUGACAUGUUUUGUCUUAAUAUAAGUACCUCUUCUUACAAAGUCUUGAUACUUGCAUGGAUAGUACCUCUUCUUACAAAGUCUUGAUACUUGCAUGGAUAGUACCUCUUCUUACAGAGUAUUGAUACUUGCAUGGAUAGUACCUCUUCUUACAAAGUCUUGAUACUUGCAUGGAUAGUACCUCUUCUUACAGAGUAUUGAUACUUGCAUGGAUAGUACCUCUUCUUACAAAGUCUUGAUACUUGCAUGGAUAGUACCUCUUCUUACAAAGUCUUGAUACUUGCAUGGAUAGUACCUCUUCUUACAAAAUCUUGAUACUUGCAUGGAUAGUACCUCUUCUUACAAAGUAUUGAUACUUGCAUGGAUAGUACCUCUUCUUACAAAGUAUUGAUACUUGCAUGGAUAGUACCUCUUCUUACAAAGUAUUGAUACUUGCAUGGAUAGUACCUCUUCUUACAAAGUAUUGAUACUUGCAUGGAUAGUACCUCUUUUUACAGAGUAUUGAUACUUGCAUGAUGAUAUUGAUGACAACAAUCAACACAACCUCAUCAUUUGACCUCAUCUGAACAUUAUCCUACUUUUUUACUCGGGGGGGGGGACCAUUUCAUAAGGUCCAAAUCCUUGGUUAACCUUGAAAUGCCACUUUUCAUUCAACAUCAAUUUUGUUUCCUAAAAAUCUUUGAUAUUUGCAGGGAUGAUUCUUUUGAACACUAUCAACACACCCACAUCACAUGACCUCAUCAUGACCUUGACAUUGACCUUCUAUUGGACUGAGACUUGCUAACGGGCCAAUGACUCAAUACUGUAAGGCUUCCACUAAGGGCACAUGUGUUUAUCUAACACAGCAUUAGUUUAAUCUAGUCACAAUCAUAAAUGUGCCGUAAACAAGUGUUUAUUCUCUACCAACUAUAUAAAUAACAAUAUAAACUUCUUGUCAUUCGUUGCAUAAGCCAAACGUUUUUUCCUAGGCUUACCUCGUUCAAUUGACGUGUGUUCAAGUUAUUUUUAAUUUUCACUGAAUACUUUGCCUGUCUCAUACUGUAUUAACAGAUAUUGCUUUAUAAAAUAUUAUUACAUACAUGUAUUGACAUAAUUUGUGUUCUGUGAAAACAUUUAUAAAAGUUCACUUUGUUGUAUAAAAUAAGUGGUAUGUAAAUAAUUGACGAAAAAGAAAUCAAGUAGCUUAAAUACUCAGUUUUUACCAGUUUCCCAUAUUGUUUUAAAUGUUUGACUUUGUUGGUUGAUUUUUUUACACUAUUAACUGCCUCCUGUUUAAAGGGUAUUAUGUUUUCUGUUAUAAGCCCCAGUUAAUAUAAAAGAAACUACAGAGAUUGCUUCUUGUGUACAUCUAACCAAACAAUAUGAAAAAUGCGUCGUGAUAAAUUGAAAUAUUUUUGCUCACUGUUAUUUAUCAUUGUAUUUUAUGUACAACUGAUAGCUGGUGAUUCGAAGGCAGAAAAUCAAAAAGAUAAAAAAUAUUGUUUAGCAUCCCUUGAAAGUUAAGUAAGAUCUGUUUUCUCAGUCUUUAUGAUAAUGUAUUUGUUUCUUGACUGAUUAAUGUGAAUAGCAAAAUUAUUCUACACAUGACUGUCGGUAAUUUAAUGAAGUCUUCAUUGCCCUACAGUUCUGUGCAUUUUUAAUUAUGUAAAACAAAUGUUUCAACAUGCAUUUUCUUUAAUAAAUUAAUUUUCCCGUAUUUUAUCUCUUGAAACUGUUAUUAUUUAUGAAUUCACAUGCUGUUUCACUUUUCAAGUAUGUGUUUGGAACCUUGAUGCAUAAGUCGUUAAAUUAUAUCCACUGUUGACAUGUUAAAUACACAUUUGUUUGUUUAUACUUAUCUUUUACAUGGCUGAACAUACAGGUUUAUUUCACACAUAAAGUAACAUUCAGAUAAUAAACCAUGGUUUUACGUUUGGUUAAUAUUGUUGCUGGAUUGAACUAAGUUUUCACAAUAAACAAAUUAUAUCUUUAAUUUAGCAUUUAGAAUGUGUGACAAUAGUGUAUACUAUAUCUGCAAGUUGUUUUGUUCCUAGUUAUGUCUCGAACAUUGUCUUAGAAGUUUGAAGUUGAGUACCAAGUAAAAUGUUACUUUAAGAUCAAUGAAAUUGAAUAAAGUCUUUGUUCUCGGAUUUGAUAGUGCUAAAUUAUAUUUAAAAUGUGUAUAUACUGUAAAUAUCUUUGUAUUAUUUGUACAUGUGUUUGUGAUCUUCGUAAUGACUGUUACUACAAAGUGAUAUCCCGAAAAAGUUACAAUACCUCCUUGUUCGUAAGAAUAUUAUUUUGGUAUAGACGAAUGAAUUUUGUUACAGUUAAUCAUGUGAUACGCACUUAUUACUAGAAAUUAAUAUAUUAAAUAAAUGGAAAUAUAAGCAA